AUGGCGACGCUGCUUACGAAGGAGGAGCAGCAAAUCCUGGAAGAUCAACUGUUUGGCCUCCAGACGCCCUCGUGCGAUAGAGAGCGCUGCGACGAUGAGGGCAGCGAACGAUUGGAUGAUGGCCACUCAGAUUGUGCAAAGCAACGUACUUGCAUCAGAUGCAAUGUCACUUUGCUCGUCGGCAACGAGCCUGGCACGCCUGUCAACGCAGUUUGCCCUUCGUCCAGUGACCGUACCGUGUGCCAGGACUGCGCUGAGCUGAAGCAGUUGGUCUCCACGCCCUUGGAGGGUCCAUUGGGCGCGGUCCGUUUUCCGUCCGACAGCGACAAGGAGUUUUGGCCAAAAGUCGUGGACUGCUACAGGACGCUUCGCAAUGUGUGUGCGGACGGCGAUUCGACCGUGCCCUUGGAAGAGCUGGCCAUCCAGUGGGCUGACGCUGCUACCAAGUUGGCUGGCCGCUAUGGCGAGAUCGAUGUUUCUGGCGGCCACCCAGAAUGCCCUGGUCAAGCUGCUUCGGGGCCUCCAGCAUCAGAACCUACACGAGCUGACGAAGUACAUGGAAGUGGCCUUGCAAACGGUGGCGGUGUCAAGCAGGAGCUCGAGACCCCCCAUCCCGAGCUGAGUCCAGUCAUGGAGACUAGCUGUCGCUCUGGCUUUUCGCGGACGAAAGGCAUGCAGACCAACGGCCCCGAUUCGACCGUGGCGGAGUUGGGCAACGUCGAGCCUGAGCCAGCCGACCAGUCUGAAGAUGAGAGUUCCAAGAGUGCCGUCAACAAGUUCUCUGUCGAUGAGCGCUUGCCCAAGGGCCAACUCUUCAUCAGUAUCGGGCGGAUCCGUGCGACUAUCAACUCGUACGUGGAGUGUACGGGAUCGCUUGGCUGGCUCCCAGAUUUCAAGGUGCAGACGGUGCAGGCAUUGGAACGACGCCUGAACCAACACAAAGCCGAGAUCGAAGAACAAGCCAAUGUGGACAUCAAGGUUGCGUUCUCUCAGCUAUCUGUACGUGUCAGCUCGUUGAUUCAGAUGUUCAAGCUGUUCAAGGCGUGGUUUGACGAGAACGCAGAUACUGCCCUGGUUCCGAUCCUGGAGAAGAUGUCGAAGCUCAACCCGUACAUGGAACAUAAAGGACUACAAGUAGCAGCCGACUUGCAGAUCAUCAUCAAGUACGCGACGUUCUACAAGAACCUUGGCGAUGGUAAGAGCAUCUACGAUGCGAUGGAGGAGUUUGACUUCACCCACCUCGUCGAGUGCUACAAUGCGGUGUCACAGAACGUCGAUAAGUUGACGGGCACGGUCGAGAGCAAGACGGUAGUCGUCAAGGACGAGGAUGGGGCCGACGAUGCUGCUGAUACGCGUGCUGCAAAGCCAACGGCGGCAAAGAGACGCAAGCUCUUCGUGCUGCCGAGGGAUUUGAUAUCUAGACGUGUGUCUGCUCGCCCACUCGAGCAGUUCGAGAAGUUGGUGAGCGACUCCCUUGCGAAAUACAUCUUCAAUAUUGACUCCGAAGCCGUGAAGAGGAUGGAGAGCCAGGUCGUUACUGGAACCGUGGAGACUGUGACCAAGAUCCUCGAGGUUUGGGAGGCUAAAGUUGGCAUGAACACUGCAGAGGACAAGUUCCGAGAUCUUCUCAACGCAGUCGUCUGCAUUACGAGGUGCGCGAUGAAGGACGAGCGGGAGAGGCCCAGCGUCAACGCGGCGAGGUGGGCCAGGAAGAUCGUCAUCACGAUGGCGAAGGAGGAGUCCCCAGGGGCGGAGCUGGCGAAGGCACUGGUGGCCCAUCGUGCUGGCGAAGAGUUCAUGACGUUCGCCCUCGCCCAUGCCAAAGCUGGCCUUGAGGACGAAGCUGCCUCAAACGGCUUCGACGUCAGCCUCGAGAUUUUCGAACACGACCUCGAGCCGAUCUUCGACGACGCCGUCUCCUUCCUGCGCUCAGGCAAUAACGGCAAGGCCGUCACGGUCGAGUCGUUCACGCCGUACCUGGAGAGCUGCCAGAAGAUGGCCGUCGCUUGCCAGCAGGCCCUCCAGCGCUGGUCGCCGAGCGCGUUGGAGACGAACACGGAGAGCUUGGCGAAUACGAUCUCCAACAUGUACAUGCUACUGCACACGGGGAAUUUCGUUUACACUGACACUGUGAAAGGAUGGGCCGGCAGCCUCCUGAUGAAAGCCGUCGAGGCCUCCAAGGCGGACGUCGUGUCUACCGGAGAGAACGGGGCUGGUACCGAGGUCGUUCAAGGCCAGUCGGCCAAGACACACGGCAAGGAUGCCGAGGCCAUGGCGAUUUUCGCAUCGAAGAACAACCUCUACUCGUACGUCCGCGAGAUCGACUCCAACGUGCGCGCCAUGAGGCCGCGCUUGAAGGCGUUCGUCGACAGCAUGCUGCAACUCGCGCUGAACGCCCAGAAGCUUUACCGUGUCGCUGCGUCCAGGGUGGGUUCCGCGUGGCAUGAGAAGUUCGACAAGGAAUCGUCGGGCGAGUCCGUACUGAAGAACUUCAAUCACAACGUUUCGGUCAUUGACAAGAUGAUCUCAUACCUGCAGGACCUCUUCUUGCUCGCUGAUCCAGACUGGUGGUUGGACGGCGAGAAGGUUUCGGAGAGCACGCCGAAGGCCGACGAGAAUACUCUUUGCAACUUCAGUAGGGUCCAUCAUGAGCAUACUUGUGUCAAACCGUUCUUCCUGAAAGUCGCUUCGGUAAUCCAAGUGCCCGACAACGGCGAUGAUGUGGCGCAUAUGUUCGGACAGUUUUGCAAAUACGUCGGGCAACGCAUGUACGACUUGAAGACCACUGCAUUUUUGAAGAGUAAGAUGGAACACAUUUCUGAGACCGAGGUGCGUUUGGGCAUCGUUCACGGAGACGUUAUUCAGGACUGCGAGGCUAUCUGUGCGUACUCCCACCUCGUGCCCAAAGCUGACUCCAAGGACAUCGUGGAUCUCGCGUCGAUCGACUUCGCGAGGGGCCGAGGCGACCUCGCGACGUUGUCUCAGCUGAACCACAACAUGGCCUACGACCACCUGGAACGGUUCACCAAGGCAGUCGUCCUUACGCACUUGGAGGUGCCUGGCGUGACGAACGCCGAUCCGAACAUCACGAAGCCCAGCGUCGAAGACGCCAUGUUCAUCUUGAGCCUCAAGUGCGCGGUCGCCGACGUGGUCGCAACGGUGGCCGCAGCAGACGUGAACAUCAUCAAGAAAGGAUCCAGUGGGGACAACACGUUCAACAAGACCUUUAUCUGCCAGGAUGCCACGUACAUCAUGCAAGUCCUUCAUGGGGCUUUGACGAAGCUGGACGGCAUCAUCAACAACACUGUCGCCGUGAACUUCGAGAAGAAAGGGUGGCAGUUCGGCGAGCCCAUCGCUUCGAUCCGACAUUGGUGCUCGCUUGCAGGUGCUUUCAGCACCAAGUGUGAGGGGAUCAUCCUGAACGCGAUGGCCGCAAUCCUAACCAAGCAUACCGAAGACACGGCCAAAGCCACGCCUACUUGGUCAGCAUGCAUCUCAGACGACAACUUCAACGAGACCAUGGCCACUCAGAUGCUCAAGAAUAAGUUGCAGCCACUGGUCUCCAGCCACAACUCCUUACACGAUACCUUGAAGGACUUCGCCGACGCCGCUGGCUUGCUUGCCAUCUGCCCCCGCGUUCAAGAUAACGAUAUCACCAGUGAGGCCGUCGCCGUUGCCCAGACGACAAUGAGGAAGGCCACUGAGGCAAGCGUGAUCAUUCAGGGCGUCGAGUUGCUUUUUGUGUUUCGUCACCGCCCCGAGGGGCCAGACAAGGCGAAGGCCUUCCUGGCCGAGCGGCAGCCUUUGCACCCCACGCUGCCGCGCGCGUUUUGGCAGCAGUUUUCAGACUUGCACGCCCACGCUGUGAGUCCAAGUACGUCGCCUUUCAAGGCGCCUGGUGCUCCUCCCCCUGCUUCAGUCACAAGCGUUGCCACGAAGACCCCCGCAAAGUCGGAGGGAUCGCCGCUCGAGGAACUCGUCACGCCAGCCCCGAAGAAGUAUCAGCAUGGCAGCGAGUCCAGCGGCAGCGCUUGUGGCAAGGUGAAAGGUUCCAGUUCCAGUGCCCUGCCGUCGAAGGGCUUCAAGCGCGCCAAGCGCAUUUGA